ACGUGACUCUAAAUGGUCUUUCCACGGAGAGCCAGAGUCGCGACAAAAUUCGAUACAGCUGAUCCAAGAGAGAGCAGAGAAAGGGAGAAUGGCGGGAAAAAGGUAUCUUUAGUCCUUAGAGUUGGGAGAACAAAACCAUAAAAUCUUUAUAUCCUUAUAUUCCUGCUCAACUGCACUCUUUCCUUUGAUCCCACAAACAAAAUAAGAGAUUAAUAGAGAAAAAUUAUGGCCCAAAUGGAAACCCUAGGCAUACUCGAAGAGAUCGAAGCUCUCGUCUCUGAUAAACUUCAAGUGGUUUCAUACAAGUGGUUGAGUCGCAAUUUUUUAGUGUCAUCAAAUGCGGCAAAGAGAUUGCUUCAAGAGUUUGUGGAGAAACACAGAAGUGGUCUGGAAGUAGUAUAUACUCUGUCUGGCUGGUUGAAGAACAAUCCUCCCAGUUACCAUAUAAGGCUUGUUUCGGGGCCCAAACUUGAAGAAGCUAAACAAGAAUUUGAUGGCAAUUGCUCGCUUCAUAUCUAUAGCGUGCAAGCUGCAAUCCCGAGGGAUCCAGCUGCACUUUGGAAUGAUGAAUUUGUACAAGCAGAAGAGCUCUUCAAGCAGCCCUCCACCGUUGAUAAUUGCUUAAGAGAUAACAGGUUCUGUGGGAUUCUUAAUCCCUUUGUUAAGCGCAAUGUUGAUGAAACUCCUGUGAAAAAUGCAGCCCCACAGACCAAAAGCGUGGGAAUCCUGGGGCGGUCCAAUAGUAAUUCUGCAUAUAAAAGCAUUAUAGUUCCACCUCCUCAGCAAAUUAAAGUUGAUCAAUCAGGUCCAAAGGUUGGCCAUCAGUCUACCAAUUUGGUGAAAGAUGUAAAACCUGAAAUUCAUGGGAUAGGAGUUCAUAAUCAGGCUAUGCCUCUUCUAGAUGGAGAAAAAGUCCCUCCUUUGCCUACUAAUGAAAAGAAAGGCCAGAGUGAUAAAAGUUCCAUUGGAAAUGGAGGUUCAUUGGCAAAUUGUUGGGGUCGUGCAUCAGCAAAGUCAAAACUCACUUCAGCACCUGCAGGCAAUAACAGUCUCAUUUCAAAUCCUACUGAAUCUCAAAUUUGUGCUCUUAAAGCAAUGGAGGAUCGGAGCAGUGAUGAUGAGGCUCAACAUGUUAAGAGAGCCUCAAAUGGUGAAGGUGGUAGAAAAAGGAGGGUAGUCCUUGAUUAUUCGGAUGAUGAGUCUGAAGAUGCAGUCAGCCUAGCAUCACCUGAUCAUCCAAAGGGGGCAAUCAGUAAGACACAUCCUGAGAAACCCAUUGUCAAUGACCAAAAUGAAGAAAAAUUGAAGGUAAAGGAAGAAAAAUCAACUGACGGAGUGUCUAAUCAAGUUCUGAAGGAAAAUUUUUCAGUUGCCUGUAAGAGUAUGAACUCUAAAGACACCUAUAAAGAGAAUAUCCAGAACCGUAUUAAUGGAGAUGGUGUUAAAGCAGAUAUAGUUACUAAUGCUGCUUCAAAUUCACCCAAAAGGAGAAAAGUAUUGAUGACCCGAAUUGAUGAGCGUGGUAGAGAAGUAACUGAGGUACUCUGGGAGGGAGAGGAGAUAGAAACAAGGAACGCUGACAAUAGUGCGAUGAAGAAAGCUGAAACUAAUGCAGUUACAAAUACUGUUAACAACAGGGCAGCCGCAGCCAAGAAGACUGCAGUGGGAAAUGCAGCUCCAUCUAAACCAGGAGGCAAAGCAGGGAACAAGAAAGGAGGAAGCAAGGACCCUAAACAAGGCAAUCUUCUUUCAUUCUUCAAGAGGGUUUGAACUUUUAAGGCGUGACUUGAAAAUGGAAAAUGUAUCAUAUGAUUCUUUGCUUCCAUUUUGAGUUUCUUUUCCUCGCUCUUUGAUUUUAGGUUCUGGGCUUGGAAGGGUAGGGCAAUUUGGUUCGUUGGUCGUUUAGCUUGUUUAUAACUUCAAUUAUCUUCUUCGCAGUUAUACUUUCUUUUGAGGGAAAUGGAUGGAAAAGAAAAAGAAAUAUUAUUUUC